GUUUAUGCCCAAAAAAAAUAUCUGACUGUAAUUUGGUAGCAAAUUCAAGAAACCCCAUUUCCUUAAUUCCAACAAAGUCUAAUGCUUUCUGUUUUUCUUUUCGUUUUUUUCUUCUUCUUUUUUAUCUUUUUGUAAAUCUACUGUCAUUGCAUUGAUCCAUUUGUUUUUGUUAGGUGGAUGAAUUUAUCGAGUACUUUAUAAAGCUUCUAUUAUGUUCGUAUACCGAGCUAUGAUUUUGAGUUUAUGAGUUCUCAAUUCUAAAAUGUGCAGCUUAUUGGUUUCUUGAUAAACUAUUUAUUCGUAUUAAGUGGAAAUUAUCUCCUUCUCACCUUCCUAUCAAUACCACAUGUAGCACUUUCCUCUCCCCAACUUCGGUCUGUGUGGCCGAGUAUACACGAACUAGAUUGAGCAUAUUAAAGUUAAUCUAUCAUGCAUCUAUGGUUCAGAACAGUUCUGUUUCAUCCAAAGGAGAAGACUCGUUUAAACUGUUGUAUGCUAGAAAUGGCUCGGCGGAGAUAUUGCAGUUAAUGAGAUGUAAUGCAAGAAAACAAAGUGCUGAUGUGUCCAAGGAGCAAGUUUUGACUGAAGACUUUCAGGCAGAGGACAAGGAUGGUAAGGAAAAGGAAAAGAUCGAAGUAGAAAGAAGAAGAAAGAUUGGAUUAGCAAACAGAGGAAAAGUGCCAUGGAACAAAGGCAGAAAACACAGUCCAGAGACUCGUGAAAAGAUCAGACAGAGAACCAAAGAAGCUUUGAGUGAUCCCAAGGUACGACGAAAGAUGUCUGAAUGUCCACGCUCACUUAGCAAUCAGACCAAGAUAAGAAUACGUGCAGCUCUCAGAAAGCUCUGGGGUGAACGAUUAAAAUGGAAAAGGUCAAGGGAGAAAUUUUUUCAGUCAUGGGCUGAAAGCAUUGCAAAUGCUGCUAAGGUAGGUGGGACCGACCAAGAAGAAUUAGAAUGGGACAGCUAUGACAAGAUUAAAGGAGAGAUAGCUCUCGAACAGCUUCAGCGGGCUGCAGAAAAGGCUAAGGCAAAAGAAAUGGCACGCAUACGAGCUGAGAGAGCAGCACAGAGAAAGACAGAAAAGAUGCAGAGACUUGCUCAAAGGAGAAAAGAACGAGAAGAAAAGCAAAAAGUUGAAGUAAAAACAAAGAGACCAAGAAGACGGUCGAAGCAAGAGAAAGAAGAGCUAGCUGUUGCUGAAGAAUUAAAACUCAAGGCGAAAUUAGUGAAGAUUCAGAGGAAGAAGUCCACACUCAGUCAUGUUUGUACAGAACAUCGACGAGCUUGGGAAAGACUCGAUGUAGCGUUCAUAAAGAGACCACAAGUACAAAGAAAAGUUUCACUUGCAGAUCAGAUUCGUUCUGCCAAGAAGAGAACAGAGGAUGUGAAUGGAAAAGCCUUUAGUAUUGCAUCCCCUGGCUCUCAAUCUAUUGAAGUUUCUGCAGAGGCAACUUUUUUCACAGUGGAAACGGAAUGACGGAACUAUCUUCUCAAUCAUUCACUAAUAUAGUUUUCCAGUUUCUUCAUAUUUUCAGGAAAACUAACUUGAUCUUUCCUUAUAGCUUGUGACCCUCCCUUUCUUUCUAUAUGUAUAACUUUCAGGAAUAACUAUUGGAUUUUCCUAGUAAUAAGAACAAGUGAAUAGUAAACAAGGCUAAUCAUCAUUGUACUUGAAGUCUUAAUCCCUUGUUCAAAUAUGUUGGAAAGAUAGAAUCAUAUUUCAUUUUCUA